AUGAAAAAAGAAGACGGAAGCGACUACAAAGAGUAUUCUUUAAAGUGUAUGUGGAACUCAACUGCUAAAACGUUACAAGAAAUAUAUUAUCUUAAAAAAUUUAAUAGAAAGAUAGAUCCAUUUCAAGGUGUUGAAUUUAAAAGUGCUCGUGAUGCACGAAAUGCAAAAAGACGAGAAUUGCAGAAAUUUUCAGAGAAAAGGAAACGAAGUUCUACAGCUCUAAGUUUAAAACAUAUACACGAUAUUAUUGACAAAUUGGAUGAACAAACUCCAGACGGUCUCCAAAAGAUUUUCUAUUAUUUGGCUUCCGUGGAAUUAGCUUGGCGCGAUGGGGAAGACGCAACAUGUUGGACAGAAUAUUUUAAAUUUGAAACCUCUGAAGAGGGUAAAAAAACAGGCAGGUUAGAAUAUAAUCCUAUUUUUACGAAAAUUUGCCAAGUGGUUGAUUUCAAAUGCUCAAAAUCCGCAAUACUACCCAGUUAG